AUGUGCGGCAAAAGUGAGCAUCGUGUGCAAGUGCAGCCGCAGCAUGAAGGUCGUACGACUUCUGGGCAGUUGGCGUUAACUGCUGCAGUGGUUCAAGCCAGCAGUUUCGUUGUGGAGAGCUUCGGCCUCAGAAUUCAGGCAUGUCACAUGUACGGCAACUUUCAUGCUCGAUCGGGCCUGCGCUACCUUGACGAGGGCAAGCGUCAGUACUUUCGACUGGCAGUGCAACAAGCAGAAGCGUCCUUCGGCAUCAAGGCCAACCAUCCACUCUUCUUUACGUGGACACAAGAUCCCCUGGCACUGGUUACCGGCAAGGUGGAGGCUGCCUGGCGAUUCUUCAUGGUCACAGUCGCUGCCCACUUCUUCACCAACCUUUUCUUGGUGAUUGUAGCCUUGCUCGGCUUUUCCAAGCUGGGCCACUGGUAG